GGUUGUGUAAGUGUAGCUGACACACCGAGACCGUCGCGCGCAUCUCGUCGGUCUCGCGGUUCAGGAAGGCGGCGGCGGGUCGACGUGGUCUGCAGGACUGCUCCCAUCCGCCUCGCAGUCUCGUAUUCGUCGCUUGAAUCCCGUGGCUAGAGUCGCUAUCAUCCCCUCCUCCUCGGUUCGGAAUGGUCUCGCUUCGAUUCUCCUGGCCACUAGAAGCCUUUGACGGGGAGCAUAGCAGACAGGGGCCGCUCCCUCGCGCGAAACCAAGAACGUCCCUGCCGCAUGUUGGGUACCACGGCGUAUAUGUCGCCGUUAGCAGCGCCCCGGCGAUGUUUGCCUCAGGCGUUGACCCAGUACGGCGUCGUGUUACUGUGGUGUACGCGGAUCCUGAGGCCGUCCACGUCGGCGCUGACCCACGGCCCGCGAGCCAGAAGGUUGCGUCCACCGGUGACGGAGGCGUCGCAGGUGGUGGACUUGUAGAAGACCUCGUGCGUGGUGAAGACGAGCCAGCUUGGGUAGGAGGGAGUUGGUAUGCGAAAGCGGAUGGACAUACAUGGCGCGGCGAACAGUGCGCCGGUGUAGUGGAGAUCGUAUAGGGAGAGUCGCUUAUUGAGACGCGGCCGAUCUUCAGGCGGUGACCUCCUAGCGGACGGCCGACGACCCAGGACGCAAGAAUGAAGAAGAUGGUAGGAUGAUCUCUCCAGAGAACUGCAGGAACUCUCUGAAGCGCAGGGCAGCAUUCUUGUGCAUCGCUCGCGCAAUACAGCCUCGGAGGUGCGGUCUCUGCUAGCCCCAGGGAUUUGGUUGCCAGUGCUGGGGUGUGCGAUAGGUAUGCCGGAGGCUAACAGUACUUGGGAUGGCACCAUGCCACGCGCUAUAAAGGCCAGGGGUAUAGGAGGCGUGAAAUUCGAGUGGCAUUUGGGGUGGCAGUCGUCUUCCUUCGUCCUUGCUGCCUCGCGGGUCUGUUUCCAAUCGGCUAACGUCAUAGUCACGCCUGUCACAAUUCAUUAA